AUGGCUACCUGUUAUGCACCUUCGAAUGCUAGAAAUUCAGCGGGUGUUCUGGCUGUUGUUGGAGGGAGAACAAUUUCUGAGAAUCACGGUAACAGAUCGUUCUCUUUGAAAAUCCAAGAGAGCAAGUAUGUGUUUGGCAGCAGUAGAAAGUGUGGUUCGAUUCAAGUGAAGUGCUCUGCGAAUUCCCACAGCAUUAGUCGCAAGGAUCCUUUUCUGGAUCUGCACCCUGAGGUUUCAAUGCUUAGAGGAGAAGGAGGGAGUGCAUUGAACAAUCUUAGACCUAGAAAGGAUGUAUCAGGUGGAAACGUGGCUGAAAGUUUAGAAGCCACCAUGACUCCAAGUAACCACAAUGAAGCUAAGAUCAAAGUCAUUGGUGUGGGUGGAGGUGGGUCAAAUGCAGUCAACCGUAUGAUAGAGAGUUCCAUGAACGGUGUGGAGUUCUGGAUUGUGAAUACUGAUAUUCAAGCCAUGAGAAUGUCGCCUGUCAUUCCUCAGAACCGAUUGCAAAUCGGCGAGGAGCUUACACGAGGUCUUGGCGCUGGUGGGAACCCUGAGAUUGGCAUGAAUGCUGCCAAGGAAAGCAAGGAAUCAAUACAGGAGGCAGUUUAUGGAGCUGACAUGGUCUUUGUUACUGCUGGAAUGGGUGGAGGAACUGGCACUGGUGGAGCUCCAGUUAUUGCUGGUAUCACAAAGUCAAUGGGUAUACUGACUGUUGGUAUUGUCACAACCCCCUUUUCAUUUGAAGGACGAAGAAGGGCAGUUCAAGCACAAGAAGGAAUUGCAGCCUUAAGAGAUAAUGUUGAUACACUGAUAGUUAUUCCAAAUGAUAAACUGCUGACUGCAGUUUCUCAAUCUACCCCUGUAACUGAAGCAUUCAAUCUGGCUGAUGAUAUUCUUCGACAAGGUGUUCGCGGUAUAUCUGAUAUUAUUACGAUACCAGGAUUGGUGAAUGUAGACUUCGCUGAUGUUCGAGCUAUAAUGGCCAAUGCAGGUUCUUCACUUAUGGGGAUAGGAACUGCAACUGGGAAAACAAGGGCAAGAGAUGCUGCAUUAAAUGCUAUUCAGUCACCUUUACUAGAUAUUGGUAUAGAAAGGGCUACUGGAAUUGUAUGGAACAUAACUGGUGGAAGUGAUUUGACCUUGUUUGAGGUAAAUGCCGCAGCUGAAGUUAUAUAUGACCUUGUGGACCCCACUGCUAAUUUGAUAUUUGGAGCAGUAAUAGAUCCAUCUCUCAGUGGUCAAGUAAGCAUCACAUUAAUUGCAACCGGAUUCAAGCGUCAAGAGGAAAGUGAAGGGAGGCCUACACAGGGCAGUCAACUCACACAAGGAGAAACCAUUGGUAUCAAUCGGCGAUCAUCCUCUUUCACAGAUGGUGGAUUUGUUGAGAUCCCUGAAUUCUUAAAGAAGAAGGGGCGCUCACACAAAGCCGAGAAUGUCUCACAUUCUCACAGGCCAGGUGAAGCUGCCCAACACUUUCAACGUCCAAUUUCUAAAGCUAUAGCUCGUCAUCACGUCGAAGAGAAGUAUGAUAAAAUGAGGAGAUGGAGUUACUAUGCUCAUGGUGUGAAUCCCAUCUCAAACAAGACACGUACGUUUGUCACUUACCAUACAAAAGAAGCUCUUGUGGGCGACGUGUAA